AUUACUGGUUGCUUAUUAAAAUCAGCUGUCAAACGUGGUCCCCCAAACAAGUAACUUUCCUUUCGUUUAAAGUUAAAUUGCCAUGUGUUCUCUUCACCUUACAACCGUCUCCAACGCCAUAUGGAAGUGUCUUAACUGUUCCGAGUGUUCCAACUUAAAUUCGUUACGAUUACGAACAUUAUUAUUAUUAUUGUAAAUAACUUUUUAUUCAACAAUAUUGCACCACGAUGGCAUCCAGAAGAACCCGCAUUAAAGCAAUUGCCACCAUCCCUCAACGUCGCAAGACCCUCAACCCUCCCCUAACUACCGAAGAAACGCCCCAAACAGCCCCCGAAGUGUCACAAAACGACGAACGUAACCUCAAUGUCGAGCAUGACCAAAUAGGGGAAACUGCCCCCACGCCAGUGGAAACCUCUCCGGUUACCAACGGGGGGCCUGUCUUUCGACGCAAAUUUGUUAAACCAACAGUGUCUUUAAAUGCCAUCAAUCGCAAACCUCGGGAGGUUGAAGAAGUGAAAAAUAACAAAAUUGUUAUUCUGAAUGAUGUUAUAAUAAACCCAGCGCCAGUAAUUAAUUCCGAGCAAAAUCAGUUAAAAAGUCCCGAAGUGAGAGAGGAAGGGGCGCUGACUUUUCCAGAGCCUCCUCCAAGUCCCACGAAAAUAUCAAGGGGGCGCAUUAAGGCCGUCCCCAAACUGGGGGGCUUCCGCAACAGCAAUUACAGCGCCAGCGAAUCGGAAGACGAGAGCCGCAAAAAUUACAGACACAGAAAUGAUUCCGUUUGUUCGUCGACUUCCGGCUUCCAGGAUUCAAUCCCCGAGUGCCCUUCGCCCCAAAAGCCGAAAGAGUUCAGUUCGGUGAUUCAGCGCAAGUGUCGCCGGACCGAACAAAGCCGAAAGUUGGCGGAAGCCCGCCGUGAUUUUUAUCUAAAAUUCGGCCACAAAAAACCAGACCGUCAAAAACUAACAAUGAUUGACUUGAUUUUCUAUAAUCCGGUCACGAAUCCGAUGAGUGAUAACAAAACGAAACGAAAAAUAUCAGAAGUGACUGAAGAAGAGAAGGAAGUUGAGCCGGAAAAUGAGAAGAUCGACGAUCCGGGAAGCGACGAAGAAAACGAAAUGCCAGCGCCUCAGAUCAAAAUCGGACCCCAGGGCGAGCUUGUCGUUGAUGAGCAAAGUCUAGUGAUUGAGAAUAAAUCGCUGAAAAAGAAUCGAGAAGAACUGGAGAAGUCUGAGCUCGUUAAUGGUGAUUUUGAGACCGGGUAUGGUGUUUAUAAGCGGGCCAAACGGUCCAAAGACUGGAGCAAACGCGAGACGCUCAAAUUUUACAAAGCCUUGAACACAAUCGGCACCGACUUUACGCUAAUGUGCGAACUGUUCCCGCGAAGAUCACGACGUGAGUUGAAAAUGAAGUUCAAGAAAGAGGAACGGAUUAACAAAAAUUUGGUCGACCGUGCGAUAAUGCAGCCGUGCGGCUUCGACUUCAACGAAUUUAAGCACGAAGUGGACAUGGAGGAAAAGGAACUGGAGGAGAUUGAAAAGCAGAAAGAACGCGAGCGUGAGUUGAAGAAAGAAGCGAAGAAGCGCAAGUCAGAACAGAAGAGUAAAGAGGCUGAGAAAAGUUGCGAGCCGAAGCGGAAGAAGCGCAAUUUGGACAUUAUGGACGUUUUGGAGGACAGUGACGCCGAUGAUGAGGUUGAGGAAAAUGAGGAUGCGGUUUUGGAGAGUUUGCAGAAGCCGACGAGGUCGGGACGGGUGCCGAAAAUUCUGGACAGGUACAGGGCGCCAGAGUCGCCCCCGAGGUUGGAUAAGGCCAAGCCUGGGUCGCUCAUUGUGGUCGCGGGGACGGGGCCGAAUGGACAGCCGGUGUACAAGGUUUGCAUGGUGACUGGAGAGCACGGGAGGAAGCAGAUAGGGCAGGAUAUGUCCAGUUUGCAAAAGGCGCUAGAGUGUAAGGAGAACGGGAUUCAGGAUUUGUUCACACUGUCGGCGGAAAUUUCCGAGUGUAAUGAGACGAUCCCGGCUGAAGAAAAUAAUGUUACUAUACCGGCAGAGGAAGAGUGAUUGUAUAUUAUUAUGCCAUAGGUUAUUUAUAUUUACUAUUUUACUGUAUUUGUAAGUUGGUAAUAAAGUAUAGUGAGUUGA